AGAACGAACAACUGCACUCAAGGUUAUCGAUAAAAUUUUUCAUGAAACAGAUAAACAAGAUGAAUACACUGAACUUAAAGUUCAAGAAAUACUGAAAGAUAUCGGAAAAAUUUACUGGGAUCCAAACAAAACUCCACAUCCAGUAUUUUCUCGUGGAAAUGGUUCAACCAAUUCAAAACAUUUGAACUUAUUGAAUCAAAAUGAAAGACGUGACCAUUGGAUGUAUUCCAGUUGGCAUCAUUUACCUCCUUAUACAACACCAAAGGGUAUGGAAAGAUAUGAAUAUCCUGCAUCUCACUAUCUGCAUUUACUAAACAGACAACCAAAAGAAUAUGUUAUACAUCCCGACUUUAAGUGACAAAAAUGAUCACAGUUUUUGAUUUGCUUUUUUGUUAACUACACAACAACAAAAGAGAUAGACAAAACUUUGUUUAAAUGCAUCAAAUCGUGUUGAGUUUAUAAGUGGAGAAUGUAACAGAUUAUUUAUUUUUUUUA